AUGGCACGAUACGAUAGAGCAAUUACAGUAUUUUCACCGGACGGUCAUUUGCUCCAGGUUGAGUACGCCCAGGAAGCUGUGCGCAAAGGUUCAACAGCGGUUGGAGUUCGUGGAGCUGAUGUUGUUGUUCUAGGUGUUGAGAAAAAAUCUGUAGCUAAGCUGCAGGAGGAGAGAACUGUUCGUAAAAUAUGUCUUCUGGAUGAUCAUGUUGUUAUGGCCUUUGCUGGACUUACUGCAGAUGCUAGAGUGUUGAUUAAUAGAGCACAGAUUGAGUGUCAAAGUCAUAAAUUGACUGUGGAAGAUCCUGUUACAUUAGAGUACAUCACUAGGUAUAUGGCAAGUUUGAAACAAAAGUAUACACAAAGUAAUGGUAGGAGACCUUUUGGCAUCUCAUGUCUCUUGGCUGGUUUUGAUAUUGAUGGAAUUCCUCAUUUAUAUCAGACUGAACCAUCUGGUAUUUACUAUGAGUGGAAGGCUAAUGCUACUGGUCGUAAUGCAAAAACAGUAAAAGAGUUUUUAGAAAAGUACUAUACCCCAGAAGAAGUCUCUACUGUUAGAGGUACAAUCAAACUGGCAAUUAAAGCUCUCUUGGAGGUUGUCCAAUCUGGCCAGAAAAAUUUAGAAAUUGCUGUAAUGCGCAGAGGACAAACCAUGGAGAUGUUGGAUGCAGACACAAUUGGUGAAUACGUGAAUGAAAUAGAAAAAGAGAAAGAAGCAGAAGCUGAGAAAAAGAAACAGAAAAAGUGAUCAAAUGAUUGUUAAUAACAAAUAGAUUUUUAAUUUUUGCAAAUUCUACUUUAAGAAGGUGUGGUGAUUAAAAUCACAAGACUUGAAACUUCUAAUCCGCUUUGUACAAUGGUGCAAACUUUAAGAGUGAUUUUCUAUUAAUAAAGAAACAAAAAUUCCUGGAAAA